AUGGGUAUUAAACAGCUGUAUCAGGUGAUUUCAGAAAAUGCCCCAGAUGCCAUCAAGGCAGGGGACAUUAAGAACCACUUUGGCCGCAAGGUCGCCAUAGAUGCCUCCAUGAGUAUUUACAGUUUCCUCAUUGCAGUCCGUUCCGAAGGUCAGCAGCUUAUGAGCGACACCGGAGAGACAACGUCGCAUUUGAUGGGCAUGUUCUACCGCACUCUGCGCAUGGUCGACAAUGGGAUCAAGCCUCUGUACGUAUUUGACGGAGCUCCCCCAAAGCUCAAGUCCGGCGAACUGGCCAAGCGAUUUGCUCGGAAGAGCGAAGCCACCGAGGCUCACGAGGAGGCCAAGGAAACCGGUACGGCAGAAGACGUUGAGAAAUUCUCGCGACGCACAGUACGAGUCACCAGGGAGCACAACGCAGAAUGUAAGAAACUUUUGAAGUUGAUGGGCAUUCCGUACAUCGAUGCCCCCACGGAAGCCGAGGCGCAGUGCGCGGUUCUCGCGCGCGCUGGAAAGGUCUAUGCAGCUGCUUCGGAGGAUAUGGACACGCUAUGCUUUGAGACACCAAUCCUUCUGCGCCACCUUACGUUCAGUGAACAAAGAAAGGAACCCAUUCAGGAAAUCCAUUUGAACCGUGCGCUGGAAGGUCUUGGUAUGGACCGCAAGCAGUUCAUUGAUCUUUGUAUUUUGCUAGGUUGUGAUUAUCUGGAGCCGAUCCCCAAGGUCGGGCCUAACACGGCGCUGAAGCUAAUCCGUGAUCACGGAAGUCUGGAGAAGGUGCUUGAGUUUAUGGAGAACGACCCGAAGAAGAAGUUUGUCGUCCCUGAGGAUUGGCCCUACGAGGAUGCCAGAGAGCUUUUUCUGAACCCAGAUGUGAGGGACGCCAAUGACCCCGAAUGCGACUUCAAAUGGGAAGCGCCCGACGUGCCCGGUCUGGUAGACUUCCUGGUCAAAGACAAGGGUUUCAACGAGGACCGCGUCAAGAACGGUGCUGCCCGCUUGCAAAAGAACUUGAAAUCUGCUCAGCAAUCCCGCCUAGAGGGCUUUUUCAAGCCGGUCGCCCGCACGGAUGAAGAGAAGGCGAGCCUAAAGCGCAAGCACGACGAAAAGAUUCAGGAGCAGAAAAAGAAGAAGAAGGAAGAGGCCAAGGCCAAGAAAGAGGCCAAGUCACGGCCUCGCGGUGCUGGUUGA